AUGGUCAACUCUUUCGAAGCUCGCGAGGACGAGGUGUUUGCGCAGGAGGUCGCCGCCGUCAAGGAUUGGUGGCAGUCGCCCCGGUUCAAGGGCCUGAUCCGCACCUGGUCGCCUGAAGACGUCGUCUCGAAGCGCGGCACCCUCCAGCCCUCGUACCCGUCGGCCGUCCAGGGCAAGAAGCUCCACAAGCUCCUCGAGGAGCGCUUCAGCCGAGGCGAGCCGUCGCACACCUAUGGCGCUCUCGACCCGGUCCAGGUCACCCAGAUGGCCAAGCACCUCGAGACCGUCUACGUCUCGGGCUGGCAGUCGUCGUCGACCGCCUCGUCGAGCAACGAGCCCGGCCCCGACCUCGCCGACUACCCGUCCAACACGGUCCCGAACAAGGUCGAGCACCUCUUCAUGGCCCAGCUCUUCCACGACCGCAAGCAGCGCGAGGCUCGCUCCCGCAUGAGCCCCGAAGAGCGCAAGAACACGCCCUACAUCGACUACCUGCGCCCCAUCGUCGCCGACGCCGACACGGGCCACGGCGGCCUGACUGCCGUCAUGAAGCUCACCAAGAUGUUCGUCGAGAAGGGCGCGGCGGGCAUCCACGUCGAGGACCAGAUGCCGGGAACCAAGAAGUGUGGCCACAUGGCCGGCAAGGUCCUCGUCCCUAUCUCGGAGCACAUCAACCGCCUCCUCGCCAUCCGCCUCCAGUACGACAUCAUGGGCGUCGAGAACCUCGCCGUCGCGCGCACCGACGCCGAGGCGGCGACCCUCCUCUCGUCCAACGUCGACGAGCGUGACCACCCGUUCAUCCUCGGCUCGACCAACGAGGACCUCGACGACCUCGUGUCGGCCAUGAACGAGGCCGAGCGCAAGAACGUCGUCGGCGAGGCGCUGCAAAAGGUCGAGGACGACUGGACCCAGGGCGCCAAGCUCAUGCUCUAUUCCGAGUGCGUCGCCGCCGCCGCCAAGCAGAAGGGUGCCUCGCAGUCCAAGAUUGACGAGUUCAUCAAGCAGUCGGCGCACGUCUCGCACCGCAAGGCCAAGAAGCUCGCCAAGCAGAUCCUCGGCGUCGAGCCCUACUGGAACUGGGACGCGCCCCGUACCCGCGAGGGCUUCUACCGGUACCAGGGCGGCACGCAGUGCGCCAUCAACCGCGCCGUCGCGUUCGCGCCCUACUGCGACCUCCUGUGGAUGGAGACCAAGAAGCCGAUCUACGAGCAGGCCAAGGAGUUCGCCGACGGCGUGCACGCCGUCCACCCGGGCAAGUGGCUCGCCUACAACCUCUCGCCGUCGUUCAACUGGAGCGCGGCCGGCCUCGACGAGAACCAGAUGAAGAGCUACGUGUGGGACCUCGGCAAGCUCGGCUUCGUCUGGCAGUUCAUCACGCUCGCCGGCCUGCACUCGAACGCCUACAUCUCGGACCUGUUCGCUGCUGGUUUCGCAAAGGACGGCAUGAAGGCGUACGUCAAGAUCGUCCAGGAGCGCGAGCGCGAGAUUGGCUGCGACGUCCUCACGCACCAGAAGUGGUCCGGCGCCGACUACGCCGACAACCUGCUCAAGACGGUCACGGGCGGCAUCUCGUCGACUGCUGCCAUGGGCGCCGGCGUCACCGAGUCGCAGUUCAAGCACUAAGCUCGUCGUCGUCGUCGUCGCCGCUCGGGCCUCCUGUUCCUCCUUUCGUACCCUCCAUGCGGUUCGGCGCACCUCAUCCUCUCCUUGUAGAUCUAGCUGUCUCGAAUCAACUGCUGUGCUUUACCGACCCUC